AUGCCUCACCCUCCCCCUCGUCCGAAUCGAAAAGGAUAUGGCCUACUGCAGGCCAACGUGAACCACUCUCCGCAUGCACAAGAUCUGCUUCAACAAAGCAUGACGGAGAGGGGGUUCACGUUGGCGAUCGUCUCCGAGCCUCACCGCGCCCCGGAAAACAGCCCAUACUGGGCUGUCGGGCGGGAGAGGGGCUCGGUGGCGAUCCGAUGGCGGUCGGAGCCCGGAGGGCCACACACGACCGCCAUCGAGAGAGGCGAUCGGCACGUCGCUGUGCAAUGGGGCCGCAUCGCGGUCGUUGGGGCCUAUUUAAGGCCCAACAGACGCCUCCGCCCCUUUGAGGGCUGGCUUUCCGACAUUGGACAGACGCUCAUACGCCUGAGUCCGAGGCCGGUCCUCGUGGCUGGGGACUUCAAUGCGUAG